UGGAUAUAUUAUCCCCUAUGAAACUCUAUUAUAGUUGGGAGGGCAUAAAGAGAUUGCAGUUAUGGAGACUGUUGACCAACUUUUUCUAUUUCGGACCCUUUGGAAUGGACUUUUUAUUUCACAUGUUCUUUCUAUACCGCUAUUGUAAACUGUUGGAACUCAAUACUUUUCGAGGACGUUCAGCUGACUUUGUAUUUAUGUUAUUGAUUGGAGGAAUAUUAUUAAUUAUGCUUUCCUUCUUUACACCAACUAUCAAGUUUCUAGGUCCAAGUCUCAUGUUCAUGAUGGUCUAUGUUUGGGCAAGAAGAAACGAACACCAACUGAUGAACUUUUUGGGAUUAUUCAACUUUCGUGCUCCUUAUUUGCCUUGGAUAUUUUUAGGCUUCUCUUUUCUAUUGGGUACUUCACCAGUAACAGAUAUAUUGGGAGUCAUAGCUGGUCAUUGUUAUUACUAUUUUGAAGAUGUCUAUCCACAACUAACGGGUGGUAGUCGAAUACUCAAAACUCCUGCACUACUUUAUUGGAUAUUUGGUGAUUGGAAUCCGUUGCAAAAUACUGAACGUGGUGGUUGGAGAAUACAAAGAGAUUGGAAUCCUUUGGCACCAAGAAGAGGAGGAGCCGAUGACUUGGCUAUGAUAGGAGAUGAUGGCAUCUUUUGACCAACUUGAUGAAUAGAAGUUUCUAUGAAUAUCCUUUUUUGAAAAAGAUAGUGUAGAACAUUUACUUUCAUUCCAAAAGACGGAAUUUUACAAAAGUGUAAAAGAUACAUCCACUUUAUUGGAUGCUCGAUAGUCAUAAUUCAUAAAAGUGUUUCUCUAUCC